AUGUCCCCAGCAAAGGAUAUCAAGGAUAGUGAUAUUUGGUACAGGUUGCAAUGGGUGAGUAUAGGGUUUGGGACAUUUGGCAGGGAAGACCAGGUUGAAGUGAUGCAGGGACUGAAGCAAAUGGGAGUGGGCAGAGCAGUCAAAUUGGUGUGCACAAGCAAAGUGAUGAGCAGGGGGCCAGUAAAGAGGUUGAGAGACCGUGGGAAAAAGUCGGGAUCGUUGCAAUUUGAAUGGUUCGGCGAAUUUCCCAACACUGAGGAAGAUGUGUCCUACGUUCAAUUACCCCUUCCUAAUGGGAUCGAGUGGAAAAUCCGAAUUUUUCCCAGUGGCAGGGCGAGCAUGACAAGCUUUGGAUACUUCUUGCAACCAGUCGGAGAUGAUGGAGUUCCUCGUGUGCCUAAUGGUUUUAAUGUCCGACUGGGAUCUGGAGGGCCUCCAAUUGACAGUUGGGAACAAAGGUUCAACAAGUGUUGCAAUAUCACUGUGCCACCCAUUAAUGAGAACGAAAAGUGGUUUUUCCAAGAAGGUCAGAAGGUAGUUGUUUGUCACCAUCAGGAGGUAGUCGGAGAAGUCCAAAUUCCUAUCCAUCCUGAUCGGGAAAGGCAACGAGAUCGACGAAGAAACAAUGGAAGGCCUAUACAGGAAGAUGGUGGUGACAAGGUCCCAUUGAUGGUAAAAAAAAAAUUUAUGAAGAAAGCAGAAAGCCUCAACAGGGAUUCGAACCCUGGCCUAUUGAUAAUAUAUGAUGUCGACAGCUGA